AUGAAAAUUAUAAAUAUAUUACUUGUUAUUUUAUUCCUUCUGUUAGUUGGAGCACGAGCGGACAUUAAACGAGAAUGUCGCCAACAAACAAAUGUGUCUUGGGCAUCUUUAAAGCAAUUAAAGGCUGGAAACAUUGAACAAAAUGAUAUGAAAUUAAAAUGCUAUUUGAAAUGCUUUAUGGUGAAAAUUGGUAUUCUUAAUGAAGACAGCAAUGUAGAUGUUGAAAAAGCUCUGCGUCAUUUGCCGCGCAGUAUGCAAGAAUCAUCAAAAAGAAUUCUUAAUCAAUGUAAAUUGAUCCAAGCGGAGAAUGCAUGCGAUAGAGCAUUUCAAAUAGCUAUAUGUUACGUUAAAGCGCAACCUGAAAUCUUAAAAAACGUAUCGUUUAUUUAAAAAUAACUCGAGUUCAAAUAUAUCUAAAACGUUGCAGCGUAGAAAAUACAAACAGAAAUAGCAGUGUGGAGUAGUUGUACAUGUAGAAACGCUGUUUCGUUAAAAUUACAUUAAAGAGUAUUCUGAAAGCUCAUUAUAGUUUGUAAACUUUUAAAAGAAAAUGUAGAACAAUUACUUAAUACAUGUAUACAUAUAUACACAUAAAUAAUAGUCAAAAAUAUUAGAAAUUAAUUUGAUUCGUAUUUUAUUAUUUUUAUUUUAUCAUUAUUUUAAUAUUAUCUUUUAAAUAUUGUACACAUCAUUUUUUAAAAUUAAAUACUUGUACUACACUUUUCACUAUCAAAUAUUUUUAACAAAACUGAGUGACUAUAUUAUAUAACAGUGUAAUAAAAUUAAUUCUAUAGAAAAAUUUUACAAAAGUGACACAUUUUAUAUUUGUAAAAAAAUCCUUAAGAAAAGAUGCUGAUAGCGAGUAGCGGAUAGAAAAAAAGAUGAACGUGGCCAUGGUAACGUGUAAUGUUUGUUUAUAAUUCACAUCACAUAAUUUUCAAUACUACAUAUUUUGCCAAAAUUUCAGAAUUCUUCUAGAAUAAAAAAUUAAAGUUCACGCUCCGUAAUAUCUUAAAAAUUCAUCAUGUGUGAUCAUUGUGCCAAAAUCAAAAGUCAAAAAGGAUACACUGGACAAGUAACCUGUCGAUGCGAUGGCGAGAAAAAGAACGGUGUGGCCAAUAAGGAAAAAGACUUCUCUGGAUGUUGUAGCAAAAAGUAAAAAUUGCGAUAAUCAGUUUAAAAUAAGGAAACUUAUUUGAACCUAUAUGGCCGCCUGGCUGCAAAAUAAUUAUUACAUAAUCAUCGUACAAUCUUAGAGAUUUUGAUAAUUCAGAUAAUCAUGUAACUCGACUGAAUGUAUAGAGAAAAAAAGACAAAUGGAGGAUGUUGUGGUGCCAAAUGUUGCUCAGGCACAAAGGAAGAGCACGGUGGAUGUUGUAGCGAUGCCACUACGGAUCCAAAAAGCUGCUGCCCAGCAGGAAAAUAAUCUAUCAACGCAAUGGCUUUACUUGAUGACAAGAGCGAGAGAAGCAGCUAGUGGUUGCUGUAUGUCUGGUUGUUGCAAACAAACCAAAGAUGGAAAGAACGAAAGAGAUUCGGCAGGUACAGGUCAUAACACGCAGGUGAAAAAUGCCACAGCAGGAUGCUGUGCCGAAAAUCGGAAAUAAUUUUGAAAAGAAUAGUUGUGCAGUAAAUCCUAAUACAAAGCUUCAAAUAGAUUAGACUUUUUGCUUAAAUUUUCUGUUCUAUAUACAUUGCGCGCUAUCUAAAAUAUCCUUAGGGCUUUAAAAUAAAACUGUUUCAAUCUCUGUAUGUAAAGUCAAUUCGUUUUUCGCAAAAUUAUUGCUGAAAUCUACAAAAGGUAUCAAUUUUAUUUUAAUUAUUAUGCAAAUACGGAAUAAUGCUGCUAUUGGUAUACAGGUUUUGUAUGUUAUGAAUGUUCUUGAUGCUAUCCAAUCGAUUGUCAUGUAAUCGGGCUUAAUAUCAAUCUAAAAUCCUGAUGCAACAAUUCGCAUAUUCAUCUAUUAUGCAUCUUAUUAGACUUUAUAAUAAUUACUGCAUAAAGUUAAUAAUAAUAUACUCUAAACUGUAUUUACAUUAUUAUCGAUCAACAGCGAUCGUGUAGAAAAUGUGACAUUUAACAUCCGUAACUAACUAAAAAAAUAAAAAUAUUAUA